UGUCCGGUCCAGAUGACUGACUGCACGCUAGGCGCUAGCCACCAACAACACGUCGCCGUCGCGCCUUGUCCGCGCCCACCGGCGUUCCACGACGACGUAGCCGCCGGGGAACGAUGACCGCCGCGCGCGCCUCUGUGCUCAGUGAUCACCCCACCCAAUCGCUGUCGCCCCGAGCGAGACGAGGGGAAAGUGGGAUGGCGCACCGUGCGUGCCGACCUCGUCGAUCACUUCCGUUUCGCCCACCUCGACCGCAUGGUUGACCCUCUCGCCGCGCAUGGCUGACCUCACCGCCGCUGCUCCUGCAUGGGCGAAUCCUAGACCUAGCUCGCGAGUUUAGUUUAGGUACUGCCGCUCGAUCAUCGCCGCCGGUGUCGAGUCACUGCGUGCAGAUGGCUGUGUGUGUGCCAGUCGUCGUGCUGCUCGUCGUCGUGGGAUUGUUGCCGGCUUCGAACGCGCAGACGGCGCCCUUCUCGCCGCAAUUUGGCGUCUACGUCGCCUGCGGCGCCGGCGGCGACGUCGUCACGACGUCCGACUCGCCGCAGCGCACCUUCGUCCCGGACGACGGCAGCCUGUCAGGGAAGUCCUCUCGCCGCGCGGAGAGGUUGAGGAACCCCGACGCGAGCCCGCCGUCCCCUCUCUACGCGGCUGUGCGGGUCGGCAGGAGCGGCUUCUCGUACCGGCUCGAAUACCCUGCCUCGGCGGCGCCCGACGGCAACACGACGCUCGUCCUCCGCCUCCACUUCUUCCCCUUCGCGUCCCAGUCCGACGGCGACCUCUCCGCGGCGCGGUUCGGCGUCUCCGCCAUGGGCAGGUACGUCCUCCUGCCUUCUCCCUUCUCGCCGCCGCGCGCCGGCGUGGUGAAGGAGUUCUUCCUCCCGUCGGAUGGAUCCGGCGUGUUCGACGUCACCUUCACGCCCGAAGCAGGGGGGCUCGCGUUCGUCAACGCCAUCGAGCUGUUCCCGGCGCCGCAGGAGCUUCUGUGGAGGUACGCCCUGACGCCGGUCAAAGCCGCCGACGUCCCGCCUCAUCAGGCGCUGGAGACUCUGUACCGGCUCAACGUGGGCGGCCCAACGGUGACGACGACGAGCGACACCAUGUGGCGGACGUGGCUCGCCGACGACUCCUACCUCUCCCUUGCCACGGUCUCGGCGGUGGCCAGCAUCCAGCGUACGAUCAACUUCGACCCGACGUCGGGCUUCACGCGGAUGGUCGCGCCGGACGCCGUGUACAAGUCGCAGCGCACGACGAACUCGUCCACGUCGAACGUGACAUGGACGUUCGCCGUCGAUGGCGAUAGCAGCUACGUCGUCCGCCUCCAUUUCUGCGCCUUCGAGGAGCUCAGCUCCGUCGUCGGACAAGGCGUUGAUUUCAAUGUUUAUCUGAUGCAAGCCAUCGCUUCCCGGGAAUUGAAGGCCAAGGACUACGCCACACUGAACAUGCCAACCCAGGCUUUCUAUCUGGACUACGUCACCAGGGUCCCGACCGGCGGCGAGAACCUCACGGUGAGCAUCGGCAGGGCGGCGACCAGUGACAGCAACAAGGCGAUCCUAAACGGUCUGGAGAUCAUGAAGCUCAGAGCGGUCGAUAUGGCUCCGGGGAGCUCGUCCGGCAAGACGAGCAAGGUCGUCAUAGCCGUGAUUGUGGCCGUGCUCGCCGUGGCCGUUCUCCCAGGUGUAGCAUUGUGCAUCGUGUUUGUGCGGCGGAGGCAGAGGCAGGCGACGCUGCCGGUGCCGGAGGAGGAGAAGGAGAGCGUUGGGACACCGUGGUCGCCUUUCACGCCGGACGGCGAUGGUUCGGUGGCCAGCUCCGCGGUCACGCCGCGGAGGAUGAACAUGAAGCUCCACAUCCCGCUCGCCGACAUCAUGGUGGCGACGGGGGACUUCAACGACGGCAACGUCAUCGGCGUCGGCGGGUUCGGGAGCGUGUACCGCGGCGUGCUCCGCGACGGCACGCGCGUCGCGGUGAAGCGCGCGAAGCGCGCGUCCAAGCAGGGGUUCCCGGAGUUCCAGACGGAGAUCCUGGUGCUCUCGAGCAUCCGCCACCGGCACCUCGUCUCCCUCAUCGGCUACUGCAACGAGCGCUCGGAGAUGAUCCUCGUGUACGAGCUCAUGGAGCACGGCACGCUGAGGAGCCAGCUGUACGGCUCCGACGCCGCGCCGGCGCCGCUGUCGUGGAAGCAGCGGCUGGAGAUCUGCAUCGGAGCGGCGAAGGGCCUGCACUACCUGCACACCGGCCACUCCGACAACAUCAUCCACCGCGACGUCAAGUCGACGAACAUCCUCCUCGGCGACGGCCUCGUGGCGAAGGUGGCCGACUUCGGGCUGUCCCGCAUCGGGCCUGCGGUGGGGCAGACGCACGUGAGCACGGCGGUGAAGGGCAGCUUCGGCUACCUCGACCCGGAGUACUUCAAGACGCGGCAGCUCACCGACCGCUCCGACGUGUACUCCUUCGGUGUGGUCCUGUUCGAGGUGCUCUGCGCGCGGCCGGUGAUCGACCAGAGCCUCCCGCCCGACGAGAUCAACCUCGCGGAGUGGGCGAUGCAGUGGAGCCGGAGGGGCCGGUUCGACAAGAUCAUCGACCCAGCCGUCGCCGGCGACGCCAACACGAACUCGCUGCGGAAGUUCGCCGAGACCGCCGGGAGGUGCCUCGCCGACUACGGCGACCUCCGGCCGUCCAUGGGCGACGUGGUGUGGAACCUGGAGUACUGCCUCCAGCUGCAGGAGAGCCAGCCGAGCACCGACGCGACGCUGGACGACAGCGGCGUGCACCUGCCACGGGACAUCGUCGUGGCGAGGCAGGUGGCGCCCAAUGCCGCGGUCGACGUCGGAGACGACAUGAGCUGGUCGGAGACGGCGAGCUUCACGGCGACGGGCAACGUGUUCUCGCAGAUAAUGUCCCGCGACGGGAGAUGAACCGAGUAGCCAACGCUUUCUAGAUGGUGCACGCACGAUUACAAAAAUGCAAGGAUUUGUAAAAUGUUUUAAAGAUUUUGAUUACCUUCAGUUCCGAAUUUAUCUCGGAUUUGAUGCUAAUUCACCAGGGGGUGCUCUGUUCAGCGUGAGUUUGAAUAUGAACAUGGCUCCGGCUUUGGACCGUUCGGCCAUGAUAAAGCUUGGGCUUUUCUCACAGGAAUAAUUCCACUUCAAGU